GCUAUAUGGAUUAUGUAUUUGGUCUGAUUGUAUAAAGCUUCAAAAACAUGAAAGAAGCUUAGCACAAAAUAUUUGCUAUGGUAGGUGUUUUGCAGUCUCAGCCCUUCAAUGUUGGAGUUCGUUCCCUCAUCUCUGCAGAAAGUUACUAUAUUCAGAAUCGCUUAGUCUAUAUAACAUCACCAGGCAUAGUUAAAUGUUUUAGUUCUUCAAUCCAUCAGAGACUGCCUCGAGUUACAGGUGAUUGCAGAAGUAAAACUAAGGUUUUUGCAUUGAGGCGGAGAAGAAGGGCAAAUGAGAGAACUGAAACGUAUGUGCUACUAGAACCAGGGCAGGAUGAGAGAUUUGUUUCUGAGGAAGAGUUAAAGGCAACGUUGAAAGAGUUGUUGGAAAAUUGGCCUGGCAAGGUUCUUCCCCCUGAUCUUUCAAGAUAUGAGAACAUUGAUGAUGCUGUUUCUUUCCUAGUGAGAUCCGUUUGUGAACUUGAAAUUGAUGGAGAUGUUGGCUCAAUCCAAUGGUAUGAAGUUCGUUUGGAGUGAUAGUUCCAUUAGCCAUUUCAUUUGUGCAAUGUUAGCUUGGUUAAUUAUGACCUACCAUUCUCUUGUUGUAACGGACACAACACAUGUUAAUUUAAUGCUAGAGCAGCACCCUCAUAAGAUAUA